GUCCAAAAUUGAAUCUAAAUCUAUUCGGCCCAUCUUCCAUUUAUUAGGCCCAACAGGUGAUGAACCGAUUGUAACACCUUACCCAAUUUACCUAUAGGCCAACGGUCCUCAGAUCCAUCGCCGCCGAACCGGGGAAAUGUCGACGGCGACGGCGAAACGGAUAAAUGAAAUGGCUUCAGAUCCAUACUAUCUUCUCCACUUCAUUGCAUUCUUCUCCUACAUCCCUAUGCGCUGCUCCGCCGCCUGUUUUCUCCUUCCCUCUCGCUCCUCUCUCCUCCUCAAACGUGAAAUUCAAGCAGUUGUUGCUUUUACUGUGAUAUCUGUUGUGAAGACUGUGAGGGCGGAAACAUGGCAGACUGUCAUUUCAGAUACUCUGUUUUUUGCAAAGAUUUUUCUUACAGCACUCGCUUUAGUAAUGGAUUAUCAUUUGGCAUUCUGGUACGCAUUGGUAUUCAUAGUUACACAUAUUCUAACACAACAGCCUCCGUAUGAAGGUUUAGGCAAUUCAAUCCAAUUAACCCCGCUGCAUUUGGAGGCUUUGCUUACUGAAGGAAACACUUCAAGAUUUUGGUUGGUAGAAUUUCGCGCAUUGUCUACAUCGACUUGUAUAUGUACCAGUUCGUUUUUCCCUGAACUCUCAAUUACAUAUUCAAACAAAAAUUUAUCAUUUGGGGUGGUUGAUCUUGGUCUCUUCCCAAAUGCUGCAGAAAAGUUUGAAAUCUCGUUGGCACGUUUGAACCAACUUCCACUGUAUAUACUAUUUGAGAAUGGAACUGAGGUCACACGUUUUCCUGAGUUAGAUUUUCAGGGAACAGUUUUCAGCUCUUCCAUUACAAAGAAACUUUUAUGCAAGCACUUUGAACUUGACAAGCGGCUUCUGGAUUACAUUGUCGGCAAGUAGAGAAAUGUGAGACUUGCUGGAAAAAUGGAGGGUUGUUACGCAGCACUCUAGUCGGUCUAGACCAUUAAAAUGCAGGCUUUUCAACUUCUCAUUCAAAAAAUUUAAUCUUGUACCGGAGACAGUAGCAGCACGAGAACAGAUUUCUCGUACGGGGGGGCAAAAAAAAAGACCGCGCGCUAUUUUUGUGCAAUGCACACGAGCUGUGAUUGUAAUGUAUUUCUCUUUCUUUGCUUAUGUUUAUUUACAUUCUAAAAUCUAAAUGAUAUACCACAUUACCAUGUGUUGGAUUAGUUUUACGUCCCCACUCAACCCAACUCUUGAAGCAGUAAAACUGAGAGAUAAGUGUUUUGAGUUUUGACCGAAGUCACACAAGGCGUACGCCGGAUGAGUGCGGAUAAAAAUAAACACAUUUGGGUUGUGCCCGCCACAAUUACUCACGUGCUCGUCACGCGCGUGAGGGGUAGUAUUUUGCCAUACUCACGCCACCGUGGAGGGUGGUAGCAAGGAAGAAGAGAGGGACCAAUAUGUUUGGCAUUUCAGUAGAGUAGUAGACUACCAUAUUGAUAUAUUUUGGUGCUUAAGGCACAGGAGUGGUGUUAUCCUA